GUCGAGUCAGCAGCGCUCCGUAGCUGCCUCCCUCCCUCUCUCUUUCUCUUUUUUUUUUUUUCACCGAAACACUUUCGGGAAAAAUAAAGUUUUUUCUCGUCCUCUCACCAAUCUGCGCUCGGCCAGUCUUUCCCCAGAGCCAAACCGUGGCCUGUAGCUGGAAGAACGGCUCGACUAUGAGGAGGCAGAAGCGGGCUCUUGGGAAACCCUUGGCUUGUCUCGUAUUACUGGUGACGCUCGCCGAUGCUUAUCGAUUCCUGAGCCAGAACACAGCUUCCCAGUUCCUGAGCAGGCGCCGGAGGGCCAACUCUCUGUUUGAGGAGAGCAAGAAGGGCAACCUGGAGAGGGAGUGCAUCGAAGAGGUGUGCAACAAGGAGGAGGCCAGGGAGAUCUUCGAGAACCACCCAGAGACAGAAUACUUCUACCCCAAAUAUGUCUUGUGUUUGGGUUCCCACCGUGUUGGCAUCAACCACUACUCCGACUCCAACAUCCCACCAGACCUUCGAACCUGCGUGACGGAGAUCAGUAACCAGUGCACACCGUUCCCAUGCUACAAGGAGGGCUCAAAGCGCUGCGUCGACGGCCAGGCCUCCUUCACGUGUGAGUGCAAGCCGGGCUGGAAAGGACUACGCUGUGAGGAUGACAUCGAUGAAUGCUCAGAUCCUGCGUUUCCAGCAGGAUGCAACCAAAAAUGUCACAACAUACCAGGUAGUUUUAUCUGCUUGUGUGAAGAAGGCUUCUUCAUCAAUGACAACAUCAACUGUGUUGAUAUCAAUGAGUGCCUGUUGUACACCAGUAUUUGUGAACGACCAGCUAAAUGUGUCAACACACCAGGCAUGUAUGAGUGCCAGUGUCCCCUGGGAUUUAAAUACAACUUCACUUCCAGGACCUGCGAUGAUGUAGACGAGUGCAAGAUGCAUGCAUGUGACGGGACCUGUCAAAACACGGUGGGCAGCUACACGUGCCACUGUGACGGCCGUCAGGGUUUACGGCUGGCAGCAGACAAGCGAUACUGCAAGAGUAUACCUGUUUGCGUGGAUCUGAUGGACUAUAAGCACCCUCAGAUGCUUUACCUGGGGGAGCAGUUUGCUGGCUUUCCAGUCAUCUACCUGCGCUUUCGCCUUCCUGAGAACACAAAAUUCGCAGCUGAGUUUGACUUUAGAACAUUUGACCCAGAGGGAGUUGUUCUGUAUGCAGAGUCUUCCUCGGACUCGUGGUUCAUGUUGGGGCUAAGGGCUGGUCGCAUUGAAGUCCAGUUUAAAAACCAGCACACCUACAAGGUUACAAGCGGAGGAAAAGCCAUCAAUGAUGGACAGUGGCAUGUGAUCUCAGUAGACGAACUGGAAAGCAGCAUCAGUGUGAAGAUCAGUAAGGAGGCUGUGAUGAGCAUCAAUAGCCCUGAGAAUCUCUUUACUUCAGUCAACGGCAAACUGGAGACCAAAGUCUACAUUGCUGGUCUGCCGAACCGCACAGACAGUGUCAUGAAGCCUAUCAAUCCCCGACUCGAUGGCUGCAUCCGUGGCUGGAACCUAAUGAACCAGGGGGCGUCCGGGGUCAAAGAGGUCAUUCAGGAGAAGCAGAGCAAACACUGCUUCGUGUACGUGGAAAGAGGGUCUUACUUCUCAGGGGCCGGAUUGGCACACUUCAACAUAGACUACAGUGAUUCUAGGAGCUGGAAGGUGGAUGUAAUGAUGAACAUCCGUCCGUCCAGCAGCACAGGUGUUCUCCUUGCUCUUGUCUACAACAACACAGUCGCCUUGUCGGUUGCCGUGGUAACAAAAGGAGAAAAAGAUGCAAACCUGCAAGUGUUCCUGGACGGCAUCUCUGUGGCCACACUGGACUCGCUGAUGUUGUGUUACCCCGAUCGACUGAUGGUGCAGCUGAACGUGACUCCGACAGAAAUCCAAAUCUCAGCAAACACCUCCACUGUCAGCUACAUAAAGUCUGACGCCCUGCAGAAAGCACUGGAGCACCUUAACACCACCAUGCAGAACCCCAUUGGCACGUACAUUGGUGGGAUACCAGUUGCCGUCCCGUUGCAUGCCACCCCGGUGUCAGCCUUUUACCACGGCUGCUUGGACAUUGCCAUAAAUGACAGACAGCUGGACUUUGAUGAAGCUUUGAGUAAACACAACAGCAUAAAGUCUCAUUCCUGUCCUCCUGUCCGUGACCCAGAACACCGUCGGCCUGCGUAGGAAGUGACCUUAAUUAGCAAAUCAUUAAAAAAGGCCUGCAAAUUAGCCAGCGCCCCACAUGGGACACAUUGAGAUAUGUUGGCUACCCAACAUAUC